CCGCCAUCUUUUGUCUCGUGAAGUCUUUUCGUGUUAUUGAUUAGCGAAUUUUCGAGAAAAGUAGUGAAGUCAGCUGAAACGUUCUUGUGUUUGGGAAGUUGUUCGAUUCUUAGCUUUACGAAUUGAUAUGGUUUAAUAGGUUUGGUAUUGGUUCUUAUGAAAUCGUUCGCAUCGAGCUUAUAAAGCCGGUAUAGUUUUGUUGCACGGCUAAAGUAGGAAUUAGUUUGGAAAUUUCUUCAAGACUCUGCAAUGGUUGUCGAGCAAGAGGUCACUCCACCCCCAGUGAUGUGGGCACAGAGGAGCCAAAUUGUUUUUCUAACGAUCUGUCUUGAAGACUGUAAAAAUCCUGAAAUCAAAAUAGAGCCCGACAAAAUUUACUUCCAUGGAAUCGGGGGCACUGAAAAGAAAGAGCAUGAAGUAACAAUGAACUUGUACAAGGACGUCGACCCAGAAAAGAGUCUGAAGUUCGUACGGGACAGGAACAUUGAGCUUGUUUUGAAAAAAAAGGAUGAUGGUCCCUAUUGGCCGCAGUUAAUGAAGGAUAAGAAGAAGUACCACUGGCUGAAGGUCGACUUCAACAAGUGGAAGGACGAAGAUGACAGCGAGGACGAUAUGGGACAGUCUGAAGACCUGGAAGAGAUGAUGCGUCAGAUGGGUGGCCUGGGGGGUGCGGGUGACUCGAAACCAUCGUUCGACGACGUUGAACCGGAGUCUGAUUCGGACGACGAAGACAUCCCCGACCUGGAGUGAUGUGCGCUCCGUUAAGGGGGAAAAACUGUCAAUUUUCUCAACGGUGCGUGACCAAGACUCGAGGGAAAAGGACCAAAUAUUGUGUUAAACGUUCGCUCGGAGGGCUGCAUACUGCAGGGGAAUAUUCAGGGUGUAAUUUCAGAACAUGAUUUGCAUAGCAACUCCCUGAGCAAUAUACACAUUUAGGAUUACCAUCAAAAUAACCAAUAUUCAAAAAAUAAAUUUUAAUUCAUUGUACGAAUCUUUUUUUUUACUGGUGGUGAUCAUCAUAUUCCUUGGUUUUCAGUAUGCAGGCCAAUAUUUAACAGUUUAUUAUUUUUUAUAUCGAUAAUAGUUGUGUGAUUGCUGUUGAAAAAUUUUCUGCCUGUUUGUUCAUCUUGUUUCAAUUGAACUUUAGCCUUGAUAUAGUUAUGAUCAUGUAGUUAGUAUGCAUAGGCAAACAGGCUGAGUAAAGUGGCAGUUUCUGAACUGAGUAUAUCAUGCAGUGUUAUUGCUGGUCUUGUGUUCUUAUGUACCAUAAUAUUUGUUAAAUUAAACUACUGUAUGUAGAAA